GACCGUUCGUCAGAAAUCGACGCACUCGGAGUGAGAAUGUGUUGCCCUGACGUUACGCGCAUUCAGCCAGCGAAAAUCCGUGCAGAGACGCAAGUCUCCAUUCUUUUUCCAAACUAGGACAAGCGGCGAUGCACAAUCGCAGAUUUCCUUAUGAUCUCUCGCUCCUCCAUCUCAUUCAAAGCCAUUCGGAGCUUGUCAUAGUGAGAUGGAGCCAGCCGACGAUACGGCAGCCUGAAGGGUUUGUGUCACUCAGGCGGAUGCGGUGGACAAACCCCUUGGCUGUACCGCAGUCCAUGCUGUGGCGAGAGAAGAUGGACUCAUACUUUGUCAGUAGAUCAACCAGCUUUGCUUUCCAGAAUGGAGACAAAUCAGCUGAGUCAAUGUCAAUGUCCUGCAGACCCAAGUCGUGAAGGGCUGACCUACAAGGCCUGGGCAUAGAACGCUCAGAGUCAACUGUCAAGCUCUUCUCGCUACCCGUGUCAGUCAGGUCAGUAGUCUUGGCUACAUUACAUUCAACACCAUCAGUCUCGUCAGUCCUGUACAAAUAGUCAUUGUCAAAGUCCUCAAGUGCCACACAGGGGGACGCGUCAGCAAUCUUGCAGUUCCGUCUUAGAGUCACAGGUUUAUUGGAGGGGUUGAUAAUUCUCACUGGGACCCAACCAUCGCCCCAGAGUGGCGUCACCAGUCGCCCUACCAUGACGGUCCGUGGCACUGUGCGUGACUGACUUGGUUCCACUACCAGUGUGCUUCCAGCAGAGAGGCACACAUGACCAGGCAAGCGCCCCCACACUAAGUGUUCUCGCAUAGGCUCUAAAGUCACAGCAUGCUUCAGCUUGACUGUGCCCACUUUUUCUGGGAUUUCACUGCCUCUCCAUUUCUCCACAGUGGCCAACAGCUGCAGAAGACCUUCCUCCUUACCAGACGCCUGAGGUGAAAGAGAUGCUGUCUCCCCGAAACUCCCAGAGUGUUUAGCCAUUCGAAUGAGGUGUUUUAUAACGUUGCUGCCCAGAAUUAGGUCAUCACUCUGACCAUCCACAAUGAGUGUGGGCACGGAGAUCUGGCAGUCAUGGACUUUCAUCUGCAGCUCACAAACACCUACAGGACAAGUCCUCAACCCUCCACAGCCAAUCAGCACAACUGAUGUCGGGGCAACAGAGUGAGGGGAAAUAACACCUGCGUCCUGCAGCUUUGGAAGUAAGCGUGAGCUCAUAGAACAGGCCAUUGAACCACUGUCCAACAUGGCACGCAGCUCCACAGCAUCAUGAAUCAUCACACUAGUGUAGAAAAGAUUGUCUUUCGCAGUCAGUCGCUGCGUGUUCUGAAAAAUUAAAGUUGAAUCACUGUCCGUCGUUGCACAAGCAUGUGAAAAAACGGACUGAAUACCAUCGUCAUAUGGGGAUGCGCCAGCUGACCCUCCACUAGACCCCUCCUCGUGCGGGUCAGCUAGUUUCCCUUCUGUGUGGGUGAACCGGCCAGGGCAGUGGGUGAACCAGGAGCAGGUGGGGCUGAGCAAGUGGCAGCUUGAUGCCCAGCAGCAUGGCAGCGGAAGCAUAGACGUUCGUUCCGACAGUGGGAAGCAGUGUCAUGGUCGUCGCAGCCACAAAUAGCGCAUGGCCCCCGAGCCCGGGUGCGACCGACAGGUCUCUGUCUAGGCUGCCCGUAACGCUGAGGAGACUCCCGUUGUAACAAACGCUCCAGCAGAGUGACAAUAUGCCCAAGAACGUGACUCUCACCUGACGCCGGCCCGCCGGUCAAGGCAGGUUGGUUAGUAGGAGUCACUGCAGUCUGCACGUGGCUAUGCACAGCAUCAACAGCCUGAGAAUAUUGCAGGUGGUCUGUUGGACGUGCAGCUGAAUGGCGCUGCUGAAGACGUUUUUUUGUGUUGGUGCUCAUCAAGCCGUACCUGCACAUCCAUGGCAGUCCACUCCUCCAGUGGCCUACAGCUGAAGACCAGAGACAGUUCUCGAUCGGGACAGUGAGUGAUGAACAUGACAGUCACUUCCCUAGAGGAGUCAUCAAUAGUUUUGCCUUGCCUUUUCAGCCCAUCCGUAGCUGUGUCGAGUGCCUUGUUAAGCCGGAUCCAAUAGUCAACAGCACUUUCAGUCUCUAGUAAGGACUUUGUGUCAUAGAAGUCAGCAAGAGGCAUGAAAGAAGUCACUCACUAAAGUGUUGCAUGAGUAUGUCGAAAAUGGGUUGAGGACCUAACCGUAAAACCAAACUAGGCUUGCUACGCACCCCCACUCUCACAUCAUCACGUGCUCUACCCUUUAGCCUGCCCAUUACUUCUUCCGCCUGAUCACAUAACUGAACAUCCCUCUUAGUCAGAUACACUUUAACAGUCUUCCCACUCAGAAACCGAAAGUUUGUCAGUCUUGUCCCCCCUGAAGGGAUACGGUUCACCACUAUGCUGGCUAACAGUCAGGCUCAUCUUAGAGAGAUCAGCAAUGGUCGAAGGGGCCAAAGUAACAUCACCAGUUGGGGCGGACCUAAGACAAGAGGCAAUGUUCUCCCCAAUACUAGUCCCUAUCUGCUUAACUAAGUCAGUUAAUACAUGCACAGGGACAUGGUCCACAUCCGUACCCCCAGAAAAUACAGAUGGACCAGCUAACUGAUCAGCACUAGAAGAAACGUCACCACCCUCAGCACCAUUCACUUUGGCCUGUUGAGGAGUGGAUGUCAGGGGCCUCCCCCGAAAACCUCCUUUCUGGAGUGAUGGGCUAAACAUAAAUGUCUGACCACUGCCUAAAGCAGAUAAGUUCAGCUCAUCCAUUUCCAAUGAGUCACAAUUUCCCAAGACCCAAAAUGUACGGUUAUGCAGUGACAAUAGUAAAGAAAUAAAAACACAUACACAACUAAUGACACGUCACUGUUCAACUGUCACGUUCAACUCAAAAGCAAAAUAAAACAAAAAAAACAAACUCAAUUUGCAUUAUGUGCACGAGAAGGAGAAAGAUAUAUAAAAAAACACACAAAAAAACAAACAAACACAUAUCUUUACAAGAUGGUCGGCUGCAACCAUAUCCCUUGGUUCGAAUUAUUCCUCUUUAUUUUUAUUACUGAACCUGUCUACUCGAAGCAGCACGGGCGACUCACUGCACGGCCACGUGGUCGGUGCUCACGACGCCGAAUGGCGAUCCUCAACGACGCAGCAGACAGGCAGAGAAGAACGGGUCACGGCACCAUUUGUAGCGGUUGCGUACUCUCUCGUUGCGUUGUGUCAGAGACCACGAUGGAACCAUUGGCAGCCAGCCGUUUAUUCUGGUGGAAUAUUUAACAUGGAAAAUGCUUGUUGAGAACCCUCACAAUGGCAGCCUCUCCCAGCCGGGGUAUACGUAGACUGACCAUUUACAUGAAGAUAAAUAUCACAUUAAACAAAUGACUCACAAAAUAUUUGAAUGGGCGAUUGGUGACAUACCUGGUGGAAUAUUUAACAUGGAAAAUGCUUGUUGAGAACCCUCACAAUGGCAGCCUAACAUGAGAGAAAGACAAGCUGAAGUACACUUUCAUGGCAAAGUCGACGCUAGCUAAGUAGUUACGACCAAAGCACAUGGUAGCCAAGCUAGCGAUCCUAAGACUAAAGUCCAUUUAAAUGUAAUUACCGAUUCCGAGCAACACAAUAUAUAUGUACAAGCAACCAAGUAUUAAGACAGUAGUAUGUACAUUUAGACUCCCGUAAUACAUCGCCGAAGUGUGGAUUCAUGUUUAACUGCUCUGACUACCUACCUCUCCCAGCCGGGGUGGGCCUCUAGGCUCUCUCCUUGCCACGAGCCCUUCCUUCCUGCACCCGACCCGUGCUGUGCUGUGCUGUGCCUCCUUUUAAAAUGGCUCCCGUGCUUUCGGCCAGGUGUCCCCCAAUCACCCUGAUUGGGGUGCCGAAAGGGCUGCUCUCCAUCGCCGGCUGGUGGGUGGGGGUGGUACACCCCGUCCUCCACGGUACCCCGGGCCCGUCCAGGCCGAGGACCACGUGGCGGGAUGCCACAGAAGCAUUAACCCUGCUACACAGGCACAAACAGGCUACUACUCCAACUUAAGUACUGAUGUAAUGCCUUAAUAUACCUUUUCAACAUUUCACAUAUUUAUCUCUCUGCCCCCUGCAGGUUCGGAGGUUUGGAGCUGAGACUUGGAGCUGAGAUUGUGGCUGUUGCUGUGCAUGAUUUCCCAGUGUGCUUUGAUUUGACGCGACAGUAGGGUUAAACUGGUUAACAGAGUUUGAUUUUUGUUCUCAUGCAGAAGACCAGCUACUAUGUAUUCCGUUGUCUGCUUUGACAAUUCCGAGGAGGUGGAGGUUAUGCCAACGCAAUGGUACAAUAGUGGGACAUGCAGGUGGCCCCCCCACAAGGCUGAGGGAGUCAAUCGGGCCAUAAGGCAGCUGGAAGAGCCCCAAGAUUUCUGGCGUCUAUUCGACAAUGCCAGGGGGUUUUUUUCUUCAGGAAUGUAUCCUUAAAUAAUAAACUGAUCAGUAAUGAUAUCAAUAAAUACAUUCCAAAAUAUGAGUUCUGUUCAACAGAUAACUAUCUGGAGUGUCGCCAGAAGCUGCCACUGGCUCAAAACCAGACUGAUUUGGCAUCAGAGGCCGAAGACCCAACAACAGACCGCAGACCCAAAAGAAAAAUCAAGUAUGACUUUUAUGCAUCUCAAAAUGUUAAGCUUGCUGGUAGUUCUACCAUGAGGACUCAAAUCACGCGCGGCUGGCCGCCAAUCACCAGCUACCAAUCACCUGCCUACACCUGCUCUAUAAAGAGUAGUCUAACAUAUGUCUUGCUGCUCAGGUCUUCGUUCAACGCAUGAGCUGCUUACUGUGCUUUCGAUUUCGCUUCGCUAAAUCUCGUCGCCUAGUACCAUGUCGUUUAAUACAUACCCAGAGGCCGUAAUGUCGGAUUUCGAUGAGGACGCUUUUCCUCCAUCUCCUGCCGUAUCACGUAGGAGUUCGCGAAUCCAAUUAAAAUCGGCUUCUUGGGCGUCUUGGCCAACCAAAAAACUGCUGGAACUCCUGACCCAAGAAGGCGUCCCAGUGGAAGUCGGCUUGUCGCGGGCGGAUGCCCUGCAGCUUGCCGACGCAGCGCUGGGGGAACAUCUCCACGCUCCACUCUCCCCAACGUUCACUCCGGAUGCCGCCGCCGCUGGCUCCGCUGCUGCGACGACUACAAAACCCGGCAAAAAGCGCGCUGGUCGGCUUACUACCUCCGGCCCGGCCAAGCGAGCGCGGAAAGCCGGUAAUUUCGUUCCACGGGAUCCUCAUCACCACCCCCAACAAAUCCCCGACGCGGACCUUCGCCAGGUUCUACACACCCUCGCCGAGUCGGUCCAAAGCCUCGGCGCCAGGAUGGAUGCUGUUGAAACACCAGGCCGCAUUCCCGGACGGGUCCAGGCCCUCAACCCGCCGUCGUUCAUCGCCACGGCGCCUUUUUCCUUCCAGCUACCAUCCGGCUCGGCUCCUUCCGCCUCCAUAGGCUAUGCUCCCGGCACGUGCUCGGGUACCACGGCUACUGCAGCCCCCGCGGUAGCCCCUUUCGCGUAUUCGCUCGCUACUGCUCUACCAGUCCAGCUCCAGGGUAGGAGCUUUAUUACGCCCGCCGCGGCUACGGUUUCUCAGACCACAAAAAAUAAUAUAAUCCAGGGCAGAGACGUUAAUCUCGCGGCGUUACUGUUACCCUACCCCGCCAUAGAGCGUCAAUGGGUUGAUUGCGGUGACGUGUCUGUUCUUCUGAAAACGUCAGACCCUAGACUUACGCGCAAUCUCUCUUUUGGCGAGUUCGUCAUUACAUUCGGGAUUUACAGAGACAUUAUGUGCCAAGUUUAUCCGGAUAGGAGGGCAGAACUUGACGCUUACCUCGCUAUUAUCGCCGACCUCAACCAGCGCUACGCCAGAACGUUAUUUUAUGAAUAUCAUAAAGCAUUUUCUGCCAAGUCGGCCCAAUGGAUCUCCAUGCUUAAUGUGAGGAUUGAUUGGUCCACUACGGACACCGAGCUUCUGCUCCACCACUUCGGUGGCCAUCAGUCAAUUUCUUGCGCUAUCUGCAGUUCCCACGGGCACACAACGGUGCUAUGCCCCAAGACCGCUACUACCGCCCCCGUCUAUGCCCCUAAAACGCCACUCGUCCAUAGUGACGUUAACCUUUUGCAGGGACCCGCACCCGAAAACUACCUGCCCCCGCCGCCAAAGGCCGGCAAUUCAAGGGAGGGGCCAUCCCUCCAAGAGAUUUUAAAAUCUCACCCAUCUACCCCAAUUAACAUUGCUUCUCUUUCAUCAUUCCUCUCAUCGCACCCCGACUCCGGUUUUGUAGACCAUCUCAUCACGGGCCUUUCACAGGGGUUCCGGGUGGGAGUCCUUUCUCCAUUGUCCACUAAAUAUGUGGCAAAAAAUCUCCAGUCAGCUCUGGCAGAACCAGAAAUAGUGUCUGCUCUUCUGGCUAAAGAGCUUCUCAAAAAUUAUGUUAUCGGCCCAUUUAGUUCUCCCCCCUUUUCUUUCUUUAGAAUAAAUUCUCUCGGCGUUGCUACCCGGAGAUAUUCAGGGAAAAAACGUCUUAUUUUUGAUAUGUCUUCUCCUCACUCUGACUCUUUCGCUAGCGUUAACGAAUGUAUCCCACCAGAACCAUUCUCGUUGUACUAUGCCACUAUCGACCACGCCAUCGCGUUGAUAAAAAUCGCAGGCCAGGGAGCUUGGCUCGCUAAAGCCGACAUUACAGAUGCUUUUAAAAUAAUGCCCAUUCAUCGGUCCGAUUGGCCGUUGUUCGGUGUGAAAUGGCAGUCUAAAUUCUAUUUCGCAGUUAGACUAACAUUCGGGUGUAGGAGCAGCCCCCACCUCUUCAAUUUGCUAUCUGAGGCCCUAUGCUGGAUUAUGCUAAACAUAUGUAGGUUGCCAUUCGUUCUACAUCUGCAGGACGAUUUUUUGCUUAUUGACUUUCCAUCCAACCAAACCAGCGUCCUGGAUACUCUUAAGAGAGUGUUCAGCGAGAUCGGAGUUCCCUUAUCUGAAGAGAAAACAGAGGGGCCAGUUACCGCAAUCGAAUUUCUAGGGAUUCGCUUAGACUCGGAUAGGAUGCAAGCAUCCCUCCCGGACGAGAAACUACAGAGGAUCAGAUCGUUUCUCAAUGCGUUUAUAACGUCUGCUGGAGUUACUAAACGUGAAAUGCUCUCACUCCUAGGCCACCUCAAUUUCGCUAUGCGUAUUAUACCACAAGGGCGCUCGUUCAUCUCUCGCCUCCUAGAUCUGGCACAUUCGGUCCCAAAACUGAACGACGUGAUACACCUCAACGAAGGCUGCAGGUCCGAUCUCAAAUUCUGGUCGUUCCUCAUCGCUAACUGGAACGGAAUUUCCUUCUUCUAUAACGACACGCCUGAAUCAUCUGAUUCUCUCGAACUAUUCACUGAUGCGGCCCCCUCGGUCGGGUUUGGGGGUUUCUUCCAAGGCCAAUGGUUCGCUGGGAGAUGGCUGGUCGAAUUCCGCCCAUUCGCCUUCGGGUCAGAGUCGUCUGCGUUGUUCGAGCUCUACCCUAUUGUGGCAGCUAGCGUUCUGUGGGGCCAAGCAUGGCGGCGUAAACGUAUCACCAUGUUUUGCGAUAACGAAGCAGUGGUGGCUAUCAUUAAUAAAAAGCGAUCUGCAUGCCCCACUAUCAUGUCCAUGCUCAGACGUCUCACAUGGCAGUCCGUCACUCUCAAUUUCAUCAUUAAUGCUGAGCAUAUACCUGGUCACCAUAAUAGUCUUGCUGAUUCUCUCUCUCGUUUCCGUUUCCAGGAAUUCAGACGUCUAUGCCCCGCAGCGAAUACGGGGAUUAGGCAAUAGGCUAAAUUCGUUGCUAGACUCCGCGAGUGUUUUUAUGGCAAAAGCUCUAGCGCCAUCUACCCUCAAAGCUUAUAGCUACGCGUGGUCCCUGUUUAAUUUAUUUUGCAUUUCCAUGCACGUUUCAGUUCUUCCAGUGUCGGUAUCUAUUGUCUGCGCUUUUAUCGUCCACUGCUUCGAAUCUCAUAGACAUAAAUUGUCUACGAUUCGGGGGAAUAUAGCUGGUAUUCAAUUUUAUGCUAGAUGCCAAGAUCCUGGCUCUCCUAGUCUAUUUUCGGCUCCCGCAAUCCGUCUCUUAUUGAAGGGCAUGUAUAAAUCGGUGCCAAAAGUACCAGACAAACGCUCUCCUAUCACACUCGAUAUAUUGAACAGAUUAGUGUGCGCUCUUAGAGCUGGGAAAUUCCAUCCUUAUUUUAACACAUUACUUGAGACAGUGUUUCUCACAGCAUUCUACGGGUUCAUGCGUCCAGGGGAAUAUACGUCUCCUACUCAGACUUUUUCCCCUACACGGGGCCUGGCUUUUGCUGAUGUCACCUUCUCUGCAAGGCAUUUUUCCAUCUUCUUAAAACGGUCCAAAAGCGAUAGCCUAGGGGCAGGUGCUACUAUUAUCAUCUCUCUUACGCUUCCAUGCUCCUUUACCUCAAGCUCCGGCAAUGCACGCCUCCCGAAUCACCUCUGUUUAUUUUGCCUAACGGCCGGCCAAUGACUAAAGAGUGGUUUAGAGUCCAUCUCGCGAAGGUGGUAGAAGGGUGUGGCCUACCUUCUCCCCUCUACACUGGCCACUCCUUCCGGAUUGGAGCGGCAACUACAGCCGCUGAACAAGGGUUGCCGGACGCGUCUAUCAAACGGCUGGGAAGGUGGUCUUCCACAGCCUACGAAUCCUACAUCCGGUCGAAUUCAAGGUUCUUCCAUCAAGCGCACACGAUGCUCUCUAACGUCGGUCAAGGCAGGUUUAACACGUUUUCAACUAUAGCUGUUUCUGGCGGCCUGUUUCCAUUCCAGGGUUAUUCUAGUCUUAGUGUCAAGCUGUUAUUUUAGUCUAUUCGUUUUAGUUAAGCCUAUAUUCUUUCUAGUGUUAUCGAAAUGUAUUGCACUAUGUAUUUAACUAUAGUUAUUGUCACACGCCCAGCAUGCCUGUUGCGUCCCGUUUUUUUUCACGCGAUAAAGGUUCGUGAUGAUGAUAUUUUGUCAUUAUUUUCGUUGCUAAAAGCAACAUUAUUUGCAACUACUGGUGGUGGUGGUUAUCGGGUACUAAAUUCAUAAAGCAAAAUUCGGUGUCAUAACUCAGGUUAACCUGCAGCAACCCCGGCGAGUGUGACCACGUCGGUGGAUCAUCUAGAAAACACUCUUGAGUUCGCUGUCACGUCAGUGGCGUUCAUAGGAAAAUAAAACUCAAGGUUGCAGCGGCAACCCCGGUGAGUGCGUUGCUCACGUCGGUGGGAACAACUCGGGCACUCGUGAGUAUGACCACGUCGGUGGCACGUUAUCUAAUACUCAUGGUUUGACUGCAGUAACCCCGGUGAGUGCGUUGCUCACGUCGGUGGGAACAACUCAAGCACUCGUGAGUUCGUUGCGCACGUCGGUGCGGUACAACUCAGAACUCUAGUUCGUUGCAGCAACCCCGGUGAGUGCGUUGCCCACGUCGGUGGGAACAACCCAAGCACUCGUGAGUUCGUUGCGCACGUCGGUGCGGUACAACUCAGAACUUCACGUUCGCUGCAGCAACCCUGGUAGUGCGUUGACCACGUCGGUGGGCACAACUCGGGCACAUGCAAAUUUAAUUACCACGUCGGUGGCAUAAUAUCAAACACUCAAGUGCAGGGCACUCGGAGUUCAUUGAACACGUCGGUGUUCAACACGGAAGUACACAAUAUUUGCUGCAGCAACACCGGUGAGUGCGUGACCACGUCGGUGGCACAUCAAGGGCACUCGUGAUUUCGUUGACCACGUCGGUGUUCAACAUGAAAGUUCACAAUACUUGCUGCAACAACACCGGUGAGUGCGUGACCACGUCGGUGGCACAUCAAGGGCACUCGUGAGUUCGUUGACCACGUCGGUGGUUCAACGCGAAAGCACUCAGGUCACGCAGCGACCCCGGAGAGUGAAUCGACCACGGCAGUUGGUACAGCACGAAAGCACUCGUGGCUCGCUGCGUAACAGCUGCAGAGUGCUCUAAAUUUUAAUUGAUCUCGCUGAGGUAUUUUAAGUCAACUGCUUUUACGUGAUUCAUCGAUCUCGCUGACGGUUUUUAAGCUUAUCGUUUUACGGUACGUAUGAUUGACUCUUAAUAUGUCGUAUAUUGGGUAUGCCUUUUAUCUUCCAGAAGCAGUAUAGAUCCUUGUCCACUUCUUCUACGUGGGUAUGUAUGGUCUCAUUACCCCCUUUCGAUAUUCUAUUUUUGGGGUCGGCUCCGCCCCUGCCAGUCCCGGCAGGACAUGCCGAGGUAUCUCAGCUACUUCCGGCGUAGGCCUACGUCCUCUCUUUUGGGGAAGGCUCCACCCCUGCUAGUCCUGGCAGGAUACGCCGAGUCCGCACGUUAUCCUGGAUCAGUGACGGGGCUCAUGCCAAAGAUUCACCAUGCAAAAUAUUCCCAUGUCGUCAUUUAAAUAAAUCCUGUUCAUACUUAUCGGUGAUCGAGUCUUUAUGGGAGAAAUGUUAAGCUUGCUGGUAGUUCUACCAUGAGGACUCAAAUCACGCGCGGCUUGCCGCCAAUCACCAGCUACCAAUCACCUGCCUACACCUGCUCUAUAAAGAGUAGUCUAACAUAUGUCUUGCUGCUCAGGUCUUCGUUCAACGCACCUCCAUCCACCCCACCACCACCAGGUCGGCCCAGUCUACUUGUCCAGGGGAAGGCUCCGCCCCUGCUAGUCCUGGCAGGAUACGCCGAGUCCGCACGUUAUCCUGGAUCAGUGACGGGGCUCAUGCCAAAGAUUCACCAUGCUAAAUAUUCCCAUGUCGUUAUUUAAAUAAAUCCUGUUCAUACUUAUCGGUGAUCGAGUCUUUAUGGGAGAACUGCCUUUUCUUCCAACAUAUUUGUGCAAAUCCAGUCUCUUUAUGAACUCAUAUAUUUGUCUUUUGUUUUGUCUGUCUCUAAUAAAGGCCAAGUAGACAUGUCCGACUGGACUUUGAAAAUCAUGACCCCAGUCCUCCAAAGAAACAGGCCUUCCAAAAUCUCCCUAAGGCCCCUGCGAUCUCUGGACCCCAACAUCAGGUGCUUCAUAACAGCACAGCCCACACAGAGUGGGUGUUAUGAGGUCCCUGUGAUCAAUGAGGAUCCUCAGGAUUUUCAGCUCUUCUGCGUGACCUGUUGGUUAACCAACAAAUCCUGAUGGACCAGCAAAAGACCAUGAUACGCAUGAUCCAAGACCUCCACAGACCCAUCCAGGGAGGUCAGAGGAUGUCCACCACCUCAAGGCAUACUGCCUAUUUUCCGUUAGGGGAUAAACUGGCUCUGGAGGCCCUGGAGGGCGACCUGGCAAGCCAGCGGGACCUUCGUCAGGAAUUGGACUCUUCCUUGUCCUCGUCGUCAUCGUCGUCUUCAUCUGCGCAGAUGACUUUGCAUCUGGCCUGAAACCCCCGGGCUGAAGAAGGGUCCCACUCCGCCUCACGAACCACACAUUGCUUUCUGUCUGUAGGAAACACUUAAGGGUAAUGCUGAAUGAUUUAUACAAAUAAUGGUACUUUUCUUUUGAAUAAAUAAUGCUACUGGUUCUUGUUUUUAUUUGCAUAGAUUAUCACUCUUGGAUUGGCAGGGGGAGCUGAUGCCAAGGACACAGUGUGGCGCAUUCUCAAACAGGCCAUCAAAAAUGACCUUGCAAGAACAUCCAAGAACAUCUCAUGGCGGGGGAUGAAUGGAAAGAUUUCAUUCGAGAAACUACUUCUGAAGGCAGUAGUGAUGGAUGCAGUGAGGUGCAAUCCAUCCUGCUCAACCGCAACGGAUGUGCAGAUUGCGGAUGCCAUUAAACGAUGGUUUUACUGGGCUGGGGAUAGAGAGGGAGGGAGGAAAAAACGCCAGCCGGCUCCAAACCAGGAGCAAACUGAUUAAAUCUAAUAAAAUAUACUACUUUCAAAUAUUAUGUUUCAUUAUUUGUGCAUUAUAUACAUAGAACAUAAAUUAACAAUUCAACUUAUGAGGUUUGGGUGAGUUAUGGAAUCACUUUGGGUCAGUUAUGGGAUCACUAUGGGUCAGUUAUGAGAUCACUUUGGGUCAGUUAUGGGAUCACUUUGGGUCAGUUAUGGGAUCAAUUUGGGUCAGUUAUGGGUUCACUAUGGGUCAGCUUUGGGAUCACUUUGGGUCAGUUAUGGCUUCUUUUUGGCAAGGUUCUGGGGAUUUUGGCCACUCUUUGGGAUACUUCUUUCUACAUUUUGGUAUUCCAAAAUUGGUUUUGGCUAGAUUUUGGCCUCCUUUUGUUUUUCUUUUGGCACACCUAAUUUGGCCCAAACUUGGGCCAUGCGUCAUUCCAAAGCUUUGCCAAAAUGGCAUGCCAGUUUUGGGCCAUAAGAUUUUUGCUACAUCCUAUAUAUUAAAAGGAGCAUCGAAUGCUACUGCAUACUGGCGCUGACGAGAUGCGGGCCGCCAUCUCGGAAUGGUGAUCAGCUCCACUAAAAACUGGGAACAUAAUCCCCAAGAAGGGGAAAUAAAAAAACGGUCAGCUAUUUUUAAGUUGAAGAAACAAUAUAUGAUUAGGCUAUAUAUACAUAUCCUACAUAAACAAUGUAUAAAUACAUUAGAUAUCUAUAUAUCUUACCGUAUAGACUAUGUCUCUGACUGUUGCUACAGCAGCAGAGUUUAUUCUGUCUUGACACUUUGUAUUGAUAUUUUGUAUGUACUUUUAUUAAUUAUUAUAAUGUUUACAGUGUUUGUUUUAUAUGUAUUUUUAUGCAUGUCACUUUGGAAUAAAGCGUCUGCCAAAUACUUUAACAACAUAUCUAAACACCUGAAAGUUUUUAUAUCAGCUAAAACCACCAAUCUGUUUCACUGGAUUCAGAUAAAACCAAAUUCUGUCUUACCCAACAAUGUUAGUAUUUGAAUAUUGUUACUUGAAUGACUCCAUUUAUAUCAUGGUUACAAUUAUAAUGUUAGGAAAGUAUUGCCUUAUACUUUGCCUAAAAUGAGAAUGCGUCAUGAUACAAAUCUGCUGAUUGAAUGUUUAUUUAUGGAUGGAUGAAUGGAAUGGACUGGAGUUUGCAUGUGGGAAUUGAUACAGGAAAAUGAUCAGACCAGAACGGGUGAAAUUCAAAAUACAAUAAAAAGCAGCCAGGGUAAAUGCAGACUGGCCAUUUACAGUGUUUCAAAAAUAAGAAAAUAAAAUACAAAAUAAUUAUCAUGGAAAAUAAAUCUAUCGUAUUAGGCCUGAUUAUCAUGAAUUAGGAGUGAAAUUCAAAAUACAAUAAAAAGCAGUCAGGGUAAAUGCAGAUGGACCAAUGUAGUGUAUGCAAGGCAAUGUGAAUGUAA